AUGACAACACUCCUGAUAGACAACUACGACUCAUUCACCUGGAAUCUAUACCAAUAUGUCAGUGAGCUAGGUGCAAAUGUGGUGGUAUUUCGUAAUGACCAAGUCACUCUCUCUGACCUCGAUGCGCUUUCCCCUCGAAACAUCAUUAUCUCACCUGGACCAGGUCAUCCGGCUACUGAUUCGGGCAUAUCCCUAGACGUCAUUCCUUACUAUGCAGGCAAAAUACCGAUCCUGGGAGUAUGCUUAGGUGAGCAAUGCAUAGCACACGUCUAUGGAGCAUCAGUCUCAGGCAUCGGAGAUAUAACGCAUGGCAAGACGAGUAAAAUUAUACAUGACGGCAAAGGUUUAUUCACAAAUGUUCCCCCCGAAAUAUCUGCUACCAGAUAUCAUUCCCUGUCAGCCGAACCAUCUUCCAUACCAGAUGUAUUGGAAGUGACAUCUUGGACCGAAAGUGGAAUCGUAAUGGGUUUAAGACAUCGAGAGUUAACUAUUGAAGGCGUGCAAUUUCAUCCAGAGAGUAUACUCAGUGAACACGGGAAAACUAUUUUAGAAAAUUUUUUGAGACUAGAAGGAGGCAGAUGGGAAGAUAAUCCUGCUUAUAGUAUUGGUGCUCCUCUAGCAAGCACGACCCUGAUUACUAGAUCAGUGCCCAGCAUUCUAGAUAAAAUAUACAGACAGCGGCUACUUGACGUCGCCGCGGCAAAGAAGGAACCCGGAACUAGCACGACUGAUCUCAAAAAGCUACUUGCAUUACAUGUCGCACCUCCAUUGAUCGACUUUGCGGCUAGAAUCAAACAAACUCUUCCCGAUUACCCUGCCAUUAUGGCUGAAGUUAAAAGAGCAUCGCCUAGCAAAGGAAACAUUAAUUUAUCGGCGAAUGCUGCUCAGCAAGCAUUAGAAUACACCCGCGCAGGUGCAUCUGUUAUUUCGGUAUUAACCGAAGGAAGAUGGUUCAAGGGUAGUUUAAAUGACAUGCGCCAAGUGAGAGAUCUUCUAUCGUCCAUUCCAAACAGACCAGCAAUAUUAAGGAAAGACUUCAUUGUAGAUACUUAUCAGAUCAUGGAGGCUAGAUUAUAUGGAGCUGAUACUAUUCUUUUGAUAGUCUCAAUGUUAUCGGAUGAGCAACUGGUUGAGUUGUACGAUUUUGCAAAGAAUUUAGGAAUGGAACCGUUAGUCGAAGUUCAUGACGAAAUAGAAAUGAAAAGAGCACUUGCUUUGGGUGCUAAAGUGAUUGGCGUCAAUAACCGCAACCUACAUAAUUUUGAAGUUGAUGUGGGAACUACGUCACGAUUGGCUGAAUUGGCUCCCAAGGAUGUCAUUCUAGCCGCGCUAAGCGGUAUAUCCACACGCGAUGAUGUAUUGCCCUACCUCGAUCAAGGUGUGGGUGCAUUCUUAAUUGGGGAAGCAUUGAUGAAAGCGAAAGACAAACGAUUGUUUAUCGAACAAAUUCUAGGCAUCGCUCCUCCAACACACGACGCACAAAGAGAUGACCAACCUGAACAAGAACUACAAAAAACUAGUACUUGGCCCAAGAGUCCGCUAGUGAAAAUAUGUGGUAUAAAUACGGUUGAAGCCGCUAUUGAAGCGGCGGACGCGGGAGCUGAUUUAAUCGGACUAAUCUUUGCCAAGUCUAGACGGCAAGUAACGAUUGAUCGUGCAUUAGAGAUUGUCAACGUGAUUCGAGAACUGCAAUCGGAAAAUUUAUUCUCAUCAGAUAAAUUUGAACCUGAAAAGAAAUCGAGAACGAUUCUGCCAGGAGAAGACGUCUGGUUUAAUAUCCACGCACAAAGGGUUAACAGAGCGCGAAAACCAUUAAUCGUUGGUGUAUUUCAAAACCAAUCCAUUGAUGAAAUCAUUACGAUUACGGACCACAUAAAAUUGGAUCUUAUUCAACUGCAUGGAGAUGAGCCACUUGACCUUGCUCGGUACCUGCCGGUUCCGGUGAUCAAAGCAUUUCAUAUAGAUCAAUCAUUCAAAAAUGUCACUCUUGUCACUCAACCCGGUUACAACGCCUACGUGUUACUAGAUACCAAGGUGCACGGCUCUGAGUAUUCUGGUGGAAGUGGGAAGACGUUCGAUUGGAGUUUUGCUAAAAAAGUGCAUGAUGCAGGAGUGCCGGUUAUUUUGGCAGGCGGACUGACACCAGAUAAUGUGAUUGAUGCAGCGACAACAGUUAAACCGUGGAUUGUUGACACUAGUAGCGGUGUGGAGACUGAUGGAGAGAAAGACGGCAUUAAAAUUGGAGAAUUUAUAAGAAAUGCCAAGAGUGUUGUAUAUGAAAAUGAAGAACCGCCUACAGUGGUAACUGGCACCAGCAUAAAACAAAACAACGUUGCUUUUAUGCCUCCGCUCAAUCUGCAUGUCCAACCGGUAGACAAUUUGAGCGGACUACUUGGAGUUGCAUUAGUUAAUAUUGUAAUUGACCCCACUUUUGACGCAAAUACUACCAGCGAUUCUGACUUAGCAUUUGGGAUGCGUAUAGUAGCAAGUGAUACAGAAUUUUCAAGCGACGAAUACAAUCAAACCUUUAAUGAAAUUGAUAAAAUUGACCCAAAUUUAAGUAUUUCGUUAUAUCAACAGUCGGCGUACACUCUUUCUUACCAACAGUUUCAUACUCUGUUUUACAAUCGGAAUGAGAGACAUAUAAUCAAACCAAACGCGCUCGCUACUAUCGGCAUGCCAUCUGGCCUUAUUCGUGUACCUUACAUCACUACUUCAUUAGAGACCACCGGACCAUUGUCUUACCAUCCAGAUACAUUAAAUCCUAAUUAUUACACGGUACUUUUUAUAAGGGCUAGCAGUUUUGUUGUCAGAACUGAAGUAGAGCUUAGAUCGCACACGGCGCUUGGCCUAAUCGGUUUACUCGGUGGUGCAUGGGCUCUUUCUGCAAGUCUAUACGCUAUUCUCUUUGGCAAUGAUCCCCUACGACCAUGGGGCUGGGUCCAAUUCUACUGUUGCUGUUUUGUUCCACGAACACGUUCGCAGCUUUAUCAAUCGUUCUCUGUCAUUCCAUUCCAACAGCGACAACGACAACGAAAAUCAAAGACGUCAUUAUCAAACCAGUCAUUUGAGUCAGGAAAUUUCGCAUCUCAAGAAUUGUCAGAAAACUUGAAAAAUCAGUUGGAUUUGCUGGAACAGUCUACAAAGGAGCGCUUGGAUGCAUUGGAAUUGUUUGUGCAAGAGUAUAUUGUCGAUACAACUUAUUUAGAUGGAUUGAAUGAGAAUAAUUAUCCGAAUAAAUUGAGUACUUUAUUCGGAUAUUAUUUUGAGCGACGAAAUAAAAAUGGAAAUAACGAACGCCCAUAUCUUGCUUUACCCAUCUUUCUCUUUUCUCGCUUGACCAUUAUGAGUCGAUCCAUAUCACCUUCAGCUGAGGAUGCUCCGCUGUUAACAGAAUCCCGUACACCCAAUGACCCAGAAUCUGCACCACCCAUUAACCGUGGGCCCCCUCGAAGAACCCGCACUGCACCGGUGCCAGGACGGGAUAAGAAAUCUCCACAGCUUGUAUUGCUGCUAACGAUGGUUUCGUUGUUCCUACUGGUGCUGACAUGUAUUUUUGCUGGCCUAUAUGCAAGAGGGGUGUCAAACAGACCUGCACCUAUACCCAACCCCAGUCCGCAGCCUCUUCCUGACAAUCCGCCUAAUGAUAAUGAUAACAGCACCAUUGAUGCACCGUGCUUGACAUCAGACUGCGUACUUACCGCUGCCAAGAUCCUAUCCGACAUUGAUACUUCGGUUGAUCCGUGCGACGACUUUUUCAAGUAUUCUUGUGGUGGAUGGAUGAAGAAGAAUGUUAUUCCAGAUGACAAGGGCCGAUAUGGUUAUUUUGAUAGUUUAUAUCAGGACAAUCAAAAACUUUUGAAAGAUAUUCUUGAAAGUGACUACGAAGAACCAGAUGAAGUAUCAGCACCUAGCCUUCCUCCUCCAGACAGUGUUAUUGACAAACAAAACUUUUACAAACUUCAGUCAUUAUAUAAAUCUUGCAUGAAUGAGUCUGUCAUUAGCAAAAUUGGUGCAGAGCCGUUAAAUCCUAUUUUAGCCGAAAUAAUGAAUCGGUUCCCAGUUGCGCCAGAAGAUUCGUUGUUGUAUCAUCUGAGUGGAAAAGAUGGAAAGAAUAUCAAAAACGUCGAUAAAAAGAAUGUCACAAAAUUGAACAGCAAACAACUGACAGACACACUCGCUUACCUUGCCGGGAUUGGUGUUUCGCCGUUGCUGACCUUUGCAGUUGAAACUGAUUCUAAGAAUCCGGAGGCAAAUGUGGUAGUCUUGUAUCAAAGUGGAUUGGGUUUACCAUCAAAGGAAUACUAUCAAGAGAAAGAAAUCUUAGACAUUUAUAAGAAAGUUGUGGCAGAGUUACUUGAUAAGACGUUGCGUGGUCAAGAUGAUUUUACUACAAAUGAUGAAGAUGCAAGUAAUCCCGUAGACGUUGUUGGAGCAGCUUUUGAAAAAGGGUUGGAAGAAUAUUGGUCAAGUUUAUGGGCGGAUUCGGCAGGAAAAAUUGUUGAUUUUGAGACCGCUUUGGCAAAAAUUUCGUUACCGCCUGAGGUGUUUAACGAUCCAGAAGCGAUAUACAACCCGCAAACAUUCUCGCAACUCAACCAACUCAGCACUGCAAUUCAGUGGGUAGAUUUUAUUAAGGCGCUUGCGCCCAAAUCGUCCAAACUUCCUUCAAAGGUUAUAGUCACAUCAAUUGAGUACGUAAAGAAUCUUGACGAGCUUAUAAGGAAUACACCAACAGAGGUUCUUCAGGUGUAUUUCAUUUGGCAGACAAUAUCAAGUUAUGGUGAAUACUUGGAUGAAAGUUUUAGAGAGCCAAUGAGAAGGUUGCAAGCUGCACUAAGGGGUAUAGAUAGCAGUGUGAAACCCAAAAGAUGGGAAGUUUGUUUGAGGGAAGUGGAUAGGGCUAUGGGUCAGUUAGCAGGGAGAUACUUUAUCUUGAAAGCCUUUUCUGGCGAUAGCAAACCAAUGGCAGAUUCUAUUAUCGCCGCUAUCCAAAAUGCAUUCAACAACCGCCUUCCUGAACUCGAUUGGCUUGAUGACGAAACCCGCAAAUUAGCCAUUGAAAAGGUCGAAUAUAUAUACAAAAAAGUUGGCUAUCCAACCUCAACACCUGAUGCUAGGUCGCCACAAUCUUUAGCCGAAUAUUAUGCAAAAAUAGCUAUAGAUGAGCAAAAGUAUUUCUCAAACAUUCUGAGUGCUGCUAAAUGGAAGGUCGAUAAUGACUGGAAGGAAUUAGGGAAACCUGUUGAUCGUGGUGUGUGGUUCAUGACUCCACAAACAGUCAAUGCAUAUUAUAACCCGACGGCCAACGAAAUUGUCUUUCCAGCUGGUAUUCUCCAACAACCUUUCUUCCAUGCUAAAGAUCCUGAAUACGUGAAUUUUGGAGGCAUAGGCAUGGUUGUUGGCCAUGAGCUUACGCAUGGAUUUGACAAUGCGGGGAGAAUGUUUGAUAAGUACGGGAAGUUAACACAGUGGUGGUCGAAUGCUACGAUUGAAGCGUUCGAGAACAAAGCCAAAUGCUUCAUUGAGCAAUAUUCAAACUACACGAUCGUUGGACCAAAUGGUGAACCCACGCAUUUGAACGGUAACUUGACACUGGGCGAAAAUCUAGCAGAUAAUGGAGGGAUAAGGGCAGCAUAUAGUGCUUGGAGUGCCAGAUUUGAUGAAGAUCCAGAUCAGAAGAAGUACCGGAAUCAGGUGCUUCCCGGCCUGCAGGAUUUCUCUAGAGAACAACUUUUCUACAUAUCCUUUGCACGUUCAUGGUGUUCAAAGACACGUCCCGAGACUGCUGUGGAAAGAGUGAGGACCGAUCCUCAUUCACCUGCGGAAUGGCGCGUGAACGGCGUCCUCCAAAAUACGCCUCAUUUUUCGGAAGUGUUCCAAUGUAAAAAGAAUUCAAGAAUGAAUCCAGAAAAGAAAUGCUAUCUGUGGUAA